UGGUUCAGACGAUUCAUUUGCUGAGUGGUUUCAUGGCCUAACAGAGGAACGAAAUCGCAAAACGAAAUGUUUACGACUCCCAUUUUUUGUGUCGCGCUCACUUGCGUUGUAGUAUUGGCUGAGGCAGGUUUUGCUCCUUCUGAUAGCGAGGAAUUUAAACUCACAAGAUGUCUUCUGCACAAAACGCGAGAGCAUCGAUGCACCAGAAUUCUACGUGCUUUUCGGGCACAGAGAGUCAAACAUGAAUUCUGCAAAAAUAAAAUUUCAGGUGCUAUUAGCGAAGAUGAGCGAACUGUAUUCUCUUCUCCAACCAGCGAGUAUAUUUGCGCACUGAGUGAGUACCAGAACACAGAAAGAAGCAACCAAGAUGUAAUGAAUUCUACAUUGAAUGUGGGAAGUUGCAAUCGCAUUUUUUCUUCGAUGAGAAAAACUUGGAAACAAUUUUUUGCUCAACGUGACUACGAAAGUCGUGUUCAGAACCCGAUGAUGAAAAGACGCAAUGGGUCAAGAAUUUUAGCGAGGUUCAGCGCGGGUGUUAUUGCUGACAGAUUCAACCUCGGCAAUCUGAAAGCUGCCGAUCUUAUAAUAUCAAGAUCCGCAUCUGAAGACAUCGAAGUUUUCGGAAAAUAUGCAGUAACUGUCACAUUCCGAACUACAGACCAUGGAUACAAUGGCGAUGUAAUAGUACACAACACAUUGCAGGCAACCUGCCCUUCGGCGGGAAAUCGAUUUUUCGUUGCGGGGAUAAAUCAGAAGGGUAUACAAAAGAUUUCGAGUUAUACUCCCGACCAGCAUGACUUCUUCGAAUUUGAAAUUGAAGUUUCCUCUCAAAAACAAAUCGUGAAAGUUGAUGCAGAUAGUUACCUGGAGCAACAAUUUGACAUUGGACUAGAAGUUUCCGGACUCGUUCUUCAUAUGACCAGCACAAGAGCGAUUCUGCCUUUGAGGAAUGUGAAUAUUGACCGCACCAGCAGAUCUAAACGCAGUUUGAGCUCAAAUUCUGAAACAGAGAGUUGUCGGCGUAAACCUUACUCCAUGGAUUACAGAAAUAACGAUGCGGUCAUUCGUCCAUAUGAAAUCGACAUCGGCGAGUGUGUAGGGAGCUGUGAUAAAGCCUUCCUUCUUGAUCUCAAUUCUACAAACCAUGCACUGAGUAUGCAUUCGGAGCGUCGUAACAAAAAGAAAGAUUCAAGAAAUCCACAGCCAACUGUCUGUUGUGCCCCCAUUUCGUAUCGGAAGCUGCACUACAUAACCUUGGAUGAACGAGGCUCAUUAAUGAGUGCCUACGUGGACAACAUGAUUACUGAAUAUUGUGGUUGUAUCUGAGAAUGGUUGACACCAGAUGGAUGUAAAAUUAUGUUGUACAAACAUUCAAUAUUAUGAUGCUCCGGUUUGGGCUAUUUUUAUUAUUGCUUGUACAAAGCCACAAAUCGGCAGGUAGUUUCUUCAAUUCUAGUAUACCGCCGCAUGCUAACAGACAAAUAAGUUGAUUGAUUUGUUGGGACAUAGCAUGAGAAGUAUUAAAUCAGAGUUACGAUAUUCGCUUUGUGCUUGAUUUGAGAUGCUUAUAUUAUUCAUAAAAUUACCAAUGUGACCAUCGAUUCGUGAAAAAAUACAUAAUUGUUUCAGUGAAAUUUCUCGAUUGUAGCUGGUACUACCUCUUGUAAAUAUAGACUUUGGCUGUUUUGAACAUUUUUUUUAUUGUUUGUAACUAUAUAAUGUGUUACUUGGAAUUUGGGAUAAAGGUGUCUAAAUGAAUA